AUGACGGCGGAUGAACGGUUUGACUCCAUGUUACUGGCGAUUGCCCAGCAGCAUGAUGGAAUUGACUCUAUCCUUGACACCUUCUUCUCCUUCCUGGGAAGGAAAACGGACUUCUUCACGCAGCCAGGCCUGGCACGCACCGCCGUGCAGCGUGCCCUUGACCGCCACUUAGCCCACGCCGAGGCAAAGCUGCAGCAGAAGCUGGCGGAGGAUAAGAAGAAGGCCGCUGCCUCGCGCGUGGAGGUAGUGGAGGAUGAGGAGGAAGUGGCAGCGGCAGCGGCAGCCAAGGCGGCGGCGGAGGCGGCAAAGCGCAAGGAAGAGCUGGAGAAGAAGAUGGAAGAGCUGGCCAACGCCAAGGAAGAUGAGGAUGGGAUGAAGCCGAAGGGACUGCCGCCGAACGCGGGCAAUGGGUUCGACUACGAGCACUACACUUUUACGCAAAGCCUGCAGGAGGUGGAGGUGCGAGUGUCGCUGCCUAUUGCGAACGCUAAAGGGAAGAACUUGGAUGUUGUUAUGCAGCAGCAUCGCCUACGUGUGGGGUUGAAGGGGAAGCCACCCAUCGUCGAUGGCGAUUUGUAUGCGGCUGUGAAGGCGGAGGAGAGCAUGUGGACCAUUGAGGACGGUCGCACCGUCGUCUUGACGCUCACGAAGCAGAACCAGAUGGAAUGGUGGAAGACCGUUAUUGCGGGGGAUAUGGAGAUAGACCUCCAGAAGGUGGUGCCAGAGAACUCCAAGUUGGAUGAUCUUGACAGCGACACCCGUCAGACAGUGGAGAAGAUGAUGUACGAUCAACGCCAGAAGGCGCUUGGUCUUCCGACUUCAGAGGAGCAGCAGAAGCGAGACAUGCUGGCCAAAUUCAUGGCGGCCCACCCGGAAAUGGACUUCUCGCAGGCGAAAAUAUGCUGA